CGCGCGCCGCGUCGCGACCUUUCCCCGCGCCCAGGAUGGUCUCCUCCCUGUUCAGCAAGGCCGUGUUCACGAUGGACACGCGCCAGCUCCCGCUCUCCGUCGUCGUCUUCGCGCUCUCCGGUUUCGUGUCGGUCGCGAAUCACGCGUACAAGACGAGCGCGUUCGAUCACAAGGCGUUCGUCGCGUCGUUUCCCGCGACGUACGGAACGAAAUGGCGCGCAGGGAAGUCCGCCGCGCCCGUCGACGUGUCCGCGUUCGCUCCCGUCGUCCUCGUCACCGCGGCGUGGGCGCUGCUGUACUACGCGUUCCUCAUGGACCAGAGCGCGACCGCGUUCGUCGUCCUCAAGGAUGCCAAGAGAAAAGCAGCCGCGGAGAAGAAGCCGACGCCGACGCUCGCGGACGUCAAGUACGGCAAGUACAGCAAGGGCGCGCGGAUGCGCGUCGCGGACCGCACGGUGGGCAACUACCUCGAGCAGUCCGUGCCGUUCUUAACCUCCCUCUGGCUUCACGCGGCGUUCGUGUCGCCGGUGAACGCGGCGGCGAUCGGAUGGUGUUGGAUCGCCGCUCGGUUCGUGUACCCGUGGGCGUACAAGAGGCCGUUCCCCGCGGUGUUCGUGAGCACGUUGCCGUCGUACGCGUGCGUCGUCUAUUUGCUCGGCGAGGUCGUGCGGAGCGUCGUCGCGUUGAAGUGAUGACGGAGACGCGAGGGAAAGGAGGGGUGUCGGGGACGUUUGCGAUGUAAUUUAAUAUAAGUGGUCCAGC